CGAUUGCGCCUCACCGUCCGAAGGGGAAAGAGGAGGAGGAGGACGAAGAAUCAACGUCUUUGUUUGAGCGGAAUUCGGAAGACUUACGGAAGCGCCACUGGCGGAUUGGAUUGGAUUGGGUUGUGAGGAGUUCGAGCCGAGGACGUAGCUAUGGCGGCAUUGGCGACUCAGCUGUCGUCGCUGUCACUGAGCCCCGUGCAGCUCACGAGCUCUGUUCGGACGGAGACGGCCGCGCCGAGGAGGGUAAACCUCAUCGAGUGCGCAAAGCGGCCACAGAAGAAAUGUACCGCUCACCACGUCAAAAGCAGGCCGAAGAAGCACCAGCCUUAUGACAAGAACAGGCAAGGCCCGACCGUGUACCCUCGCCUUCCCAAGCCCCCGCCAAUUUGGGGCUUCGACAAUGGCGAACCACUAGCAAUUACCGAAGACGAUGAAUAGACGACAUACAACGGACAAACUUGGAAAUUUCAUGACCAGGUCAGUCGAGAAUUAGUUAAUUACCUUUAGAAUUGAGAACUAGAAGAGGAGGGCUAUUGUUUCCUGGAAAAUUUAUUCAAUGCAGUCAUUCAAUGAGAUUCACCGAAUUGUUCAUUAUGAAAUAUCUAAGAUUCUUAGAUGACCUUUCUAUCGUGGUGACCUUUUCUAGAAAGUUUUGUUCACACUGAGAAGUUCUCUCUCCUCUUGUCCGAUGGAGCUGUCAGACUCUUCCUCGUGGAUUAUCUUCAAAAUGAAAUUGAAUGGUAAAUGUUCCACAAAGAGACC